AUGCUUCUUAAACCCCUAUUGUGCCUUUGGGCUCUAAGCUCUUAUCAUCUGGUCACUAGGGCUCAGACUUAUGAGUCAAGAGGCGAAUUGUGGCUCGCACCAACAUCAAACGAACCGUCAAUACAAAACCCAUAUGUGACAUCGGGACCCACAUUGAACGUUUCUUUGAACCAAGCCAUCCGCGUCCAAUCACCAGCCGGCUUUAACUCGCAUUGGGUUGGGCACUGGAUCACAACAACCGAAAAUCUUCAUUUCGUCUUGAUUACAUUUUCGAAUGUCGUCAACGGAGGCCCUGACAAUUCAACGGAUGGAGACUCGGCCAACGGCUGGCUGAUUUACUCAUUGGCGUCUGGUGGCUCAAGCUCGUCAUUCAUCGCCGGAAAGCUUACCACCUUUGGACAAGACAAACUCAGAAUCCAGUUUGGCGAUCAGUACGAGUUGCACAGCUUAACAGAUGAUAAUAUCUCGGCCAUCAACGUCAUCGCAAACUAUACAGAGAGCAAUUUUAGUCUCAACACGACAUUUCAGCCUCGAGGUUCUCUUUUGUUCAAUGGUGGGAGUGGAAGCCUCUACUGGGGCUCAGUUUUCAACCAUCAAUGGUCCAGUUCAGCUGCCUAUACCACAGGAACGUUUUCCACCAAUGGAACAAGGCACACCAUCGAUCCCAAGCGCUCAACGACAUGGUACAAUCAACAAAGCGACGCCAUCAAGGCCUUCGCCACGGCCUUGUAUCCAAAUGGAGAACAGGAAGUGGUUAGCGUGAACCCUGAUAUCAAGCCGAAAGAUGCGUGGGUUUCGCCGGCUACGAACCGCACCUGGUAUGGAUCUUUUGAAGUCUCGUUUUUAGAUGAGUACAAUAGUGUGAUCACUGCUGUAGCCCCGGAUGUCAUCAAUCGGAAAUUUGGAGAGGCCAGCUUUGGACCAUCGUUUGCAUUUUGCGAUUCUUUCACGGUCUAUAAUGGAACUUGGAAGGGACAAAGCGUUCGCGGCUGGGGAAUUGUCGAGCAGUGGCCGGCGUCUUGAGUUUUUCCUACGGCCUGCUUAAGCCAUAAGAGGGGUAUAUACGCAUACAUU